AGAGUCCAGAGCCCCCUGCUCCGCUCUUCCCUCCGGCCAGUCCCCAACCCCAUGGCGACCGCGACCGCCACCGCAGGGCCGUACAACACCGCCGCCGCGACGGGCAAGGAGGAGCCAACGACGAAGCCGCUCGCCACCGCGUCCCCGACCGUCCACCCUGCCGCGACCGACGGUGGCGCCGGGGACGAGGAGGUCGCGACCUCCUCCAAGCGCCGGCGCUCGGCGCAGUACCUCCGGAAGCAGCGCCGGUGCGCGCUCUGGUUCUGCGGCUGCUGCGGCGCCACCGUGGUCCUCCUGGGCAUCACGGCCCUCGUGCUCGCGCUCACCGUGUUCAAGGUCCGGGACCCCGUCCUCACCAUGAACGGCGUCACACUGGAGGGCGUGGACGGUGACCUGGGCACGGCGGGGCGCCCGGCCGUGUCCGUGAACGCCACGCUCAGCGCCGACGUCUCCCUCGAGAACCCCAACGCGGCCUCCUUCCGGUUCGGCCGCAGCGAGACGGACUUCUACUACGCCGGGGAGACGGUGGGCGUGGCGCACGCGCCGCCAGGCGAGGUCGGCGCCGGCCGCACCGUGCGCAUGAACGUCACGCUCGACGUGCUCGCCGACCGCAUCUCGCCCAACGUCAACGCCACCGACCUCAUCUUCGGUCAGGACUACAACCUCACGAGCUACACGGAGAUCGCCGGGAGGGUCAGCGUGCUGGGCAUCUACAAGAGGGACCUCGACAUCAAGAUGAACUGCUCCAUCACGCUGGAGGUGGGGGCCUUCACCACCGUGCAGAGCAAAUCCACCACCUGCGUUGCAAACGUCAGCUGAUCAUUUCGGUUAGCAGGUCGUUAGCCGUCUCCAUGGAUGGAUUCAAAUAUACUAUUUUGUUGCUGCUAGCUCUGUGCUCCUUUUGUGUACAAGCAACUUACAUUAGUUUUGGUUAGAGACGAGUGACUCAUAAAUGUCUAUCUUGAUGCUCAACGGCUUGUGUAUUUAUGUGCUUUUUCUGAAUUCUAAUGAGAGGAUACCUACAAGUUCAGGCCGUA